GAACUAUUACAUAAUUAUACGAUAUCGUCUGCUUAAGAAAAGAUGGUAGUCUGAAAACUUAUUGAUUACUUCACUUGCGUGCUCUACUGCAGAAUCAACUGCAUUCACAUUAACUUUUGUGAAAUAUUGACUGUGAGAUUGCUAAAUUCAUGCGUAUGGUGACCCAAAGGUUGUGUCAAGUCCUUUGCAGAUGGAAGUCCGGUAGGCCUUUGGGAUUGCCGAUUACCCACCAUGGUGACUAUGUAUGCAAACUACCACCAAAUCAUCGUUUUCCUAUGUGCAAAUUCACCAAAGUGUACAACUACUUACUGCAUGAUGGCAUCAUCAAGCCAGACCAGGUUGCCAUGCCAACAAUGGUUACCAUGGAGAUAGCAAAGUCUGUCCACACCUCAGAGUACAUCAACAGAUUUUUCAGUGGGAGAACAAGUGAGAAAGAGCAGCGAAGAACUGGGUUUAUGUGGACAGAGGGUUUAGUAAAGAGAUGUCGUAUGGAAACAGGAGGAUCUGUUCUGGCUGCUGACAUAGCACUGUCCACGGGCCUAGCAUGCAGCACUGCAGGGGGUACCCAUCAUGCCUUUCCAGAGUUCGGCUCAGGGUUUUGCCUGAUCAAUGACUUGGCUGUGGCAGCAAGACAAGUUCAGCUGAGCGGAAAAGCAUCCAAAGUUCUUAUCCUUGAUCUGGAUGUUCAUCAGGGUGACGGGACUGCCUUUAUUUUCCAAAAUGACCCAGAUGUCUUUACUUUCUCCAUCCAUUGUGGCAAGAACUUCCCUUUCCGAAAGGAGAAGAGUGACUUGGACAUUAGUGUGCAACCCAGACUGAAAGACAAGCAAUACCUGUCUAUUGUCAAGGAGCAGUUACCAUGGAUACUGGAUAGUUUUAGGCCAGAUCUUGUUUUGUACGAUGCUGGGGUGGAUCCUCAUGAAAACGACGACCUGGGAAUGUUAUCGUUGACUGAUCAAGGUUUAUAUGAUCGGGAUUUCUGGGUCAUCAAUCAUAUUUUCCGUGGUAUUCCCUGUGCAUGCGUCAUUGGUGGUGGAUACUCCAAGGAUAUUGAUGCAUUAGCAAUACGUCACACAAUAGUUCAUCGAGCAGCGGCUAAGGUCUGGGAAGAGAGGAGACUUUGAUGACAGUUGACGUCCGCAGAUGUUCUUCAUUUUUACUAGAUAUCUCAUCAUGGAAUCAAUGACAAUUGGAUCUUACUGAAGGCAUCCUCAGGUUAUCACUUAUCAGGUUAUUACUUGUGUAAAACUGUGUGGCACAUUCAGUUGUGAACAAUGAAAACCUUUAGAACACUUUGCAUACGUAUAUUUAUUUUACUCCAAGAACUUUCAAAAAUCAUGAUAAUAGUGUCACUAUUUUUAUGUAAAGACAUUUGUUAUUGCAAAGCCCAUUAAAAUGGGAAUUGUUCAAAAAGCAAACCUGUGCUUGCUUCAUUUUGACAAUUGUUUUGUUCAUAGUCACAGCAGUCACUAAUCUGAUCUCAUUGGCCCUGGUUCGAAUCCCACCUUGUACACCGUGUGGAGUGAUACUUAAUGAGUGAAAAAAAGGUGGGGAUGUUACAGGUUAAUUUGAUGAUGGGAAAUAACAUGAAACUAAAAAUAAUCCAAUUAAACUAACCAAACCAAAUAAGUUUGAAUGCACUGUCCCAAUUGAGAUUUAUUUCAAGUUGCACAUACCCUGGAAUUAAACAUUCCUCCAAAACAUUUUACAACAAAUGGGACUAUAAAAACAAACAUUUGGUUUUGUCAGUGAUGGAAAUUUGAACACAUAUCAUAUUUUAAUAUUUAAUAGGUUUGACCCAGUAUAGAUUUGCAGUGACUUAUAUUAACAACUUUACAUCAUUUCUUCUCAUCCAUGUACCACUCAGUUUAUAUCACAACAAUUUAACUUUGCAUUAAUAAAUCAAUAAUUUAAAUCUGUAAAUAAUUAUUCAGUAGUCAAAUAAAUAAUCGUUCUGUUUCGUGUCUUA